AGGUCGAAAAAGCAAGUUCUAGAACUGACUGACGUACUAACGGCUUCCAGAAGGCCAUCAAUCGAAUCGUUGAUAGAUCAGCAAAAACUACAUCCGCAUAGUUUUUUCAGAACAGCGCAUACGCAUUCGAGGACUCCUAGUUAUAGAAAACGAAGAUCUCCAGAUCAGUCUCGAAGUGCGUCACCUCGCACAGUUCAUUCAAAACAUGAUGUCGGUUUUAGUGAUACAGCUUCAAACGUUGUAGAAAUGGUGAGACAUGAGCAUGUUAUUAGAAGGCAUCCUCAUCGAUCCAGAGGUUCGUGGUCAGCCUCAACAAGUCCAGUCCGAUCUCCGAGUCCGAGUCGUGUGCACACGAAGCAAAAGUCAUCGUAUAAUACGACUAGUCUGGAGCAAAGGUCGAGAUCGCCAUCGCCACAUACCGAAAGUCGAAUGCAGCUAAGUUACCCAACGUUGGCACCAACCAGACGUGGAUUCGGUCGCCGAUUACCACCUAUUCCUAGUAAACCGUCGUUUCUGCAAUUACAAAACUCGCCUAUUAACUUUCCUAAAUUGAAUUCUUCACCUACUCAUUACGCAGCGCCGCCGUUACCGAUGACUUAUCAACCUAUUCCGGUCUCGUACGAGCAUUCCGGCCGUGGUGUGCGUAUUUUACCAUCACCGGUGCCAAAUGGUUAUAAACCGAGUCACCAAAUGAGAAUAUCUAGGCAUAGUGAUUCGGACGAAGACGACUGGUGCUAGCAAUUGCUUUCAGAUAACAACGUCAGCAGCAAUAAAUGAAAUCAUUUUUCAGUCCAAAGCUCAAUUUAGCUCGUAAACGUUUAUAUUAGUGUUUAGGUUGCUGCGUUAUCAGGCAAAUUAUUCGGAAUCAUUUCCUGAGCACCCGAUAUCACGAAGCGUUUACAGUCUUUCGUCGGAUGAUGCUGCAACUCUAACAGCAGUAGUGUGAAUGAAGUUUUCAGCUCUGAAGUUUGAAGGGGCCAAUUCACUGAGAUCCAGGAUUGCAGAGCUUGUACUCAAAAUUUUUGGGAUAUUCAAAAAAAAUUCUGGAGGCGCAAUUUCUUCAGUCCUGAGUUCAUGGUGAAUUAAACUUACCUAUUUCAUAUUUCUAUAAUAAAACCAUAAAGUAUUUCAAAACUGUAAAAAUUAGAAACAAAGAAGACGUGACGUUGCAUACUUUAUCUUAAUCUUACUUAAAAUAACGAUGCCCCUUCAAAUUUCUGAAUUGAUCUACAUUCACACCGGUGUGUCGUUUGAGUCUUUCCUGCACAUUCCACGAACGAUUAAAGUGAACCGGUAAAUAAAAGUAUUACAGAUACCUCAACAACUCAACUUUGGAAUUACUACUGUAUGAUUGAAUAAUCUUGACGAACCCCAGAAACCAAAUUUUUAAUAAACCCAACUAAAUGAAACUGAUGAAUUAUUGAAUUCGUGAAUAAUAAUCCUCUUUUUACAUCUCUCAUUUAAUUGAACCUUUAUUAUAAGUAAAAUUAUAUUUUAUCUAUAAUGAGUAUCACAAAAUUAAAUAUUUGAAAAAAAUUGUACCUAAAAUGUUCUUUCUCGGCCUAACUUUUUUCUUUUCUUUUUUUGACAUGACAAUUAAUUACGUGAUUCGCCAAUAAAAUAAAAAGGAAUAUUAUCAUCCUUUUUUGUAAUCUGUGUUAUACUUUUUCAUUCUCAUUAGGUUUCAUAAUAUAAUAUAUUUAUUGUACGAAUAUUUUAUACCUACCUACUUGAGUCUUUGAUUCGAUCAAGCCAUCUUGAAUUUUACCAGUGAAUACUUGAACGCGUCAAAUGAUUUUGAGAAUCUAAUCCUUCGUAUUUUUAUACGUUAUUUCGAAAUGAUGAAUUUUUAUUUUUCUAAUAUUAUCAUUCUAACUGUAAAAAAAAUUAUGAAUUCACUUGAUUUGUGUACAGUUAGGUAUGUUUUUCGACUUUUUUUUUUUCUAAAUCUACUAAUGGAUUUCAAAAUAGGUAUUUCAUCUUAUAUAAUGAAAUUACAUACGUUCAUUGUGGGAAUAAAAUGCAAUACCAAUGUAAAUACUUUAAUGUUUAAAUUGGAAUACUUUCCUCUGACUGCUCCUUUUUACUUACAUGCGGUAUUAUCUAAAAAAUUAAAAAAUUAAAAAAAAUAGGAAUACGAUUAUAUACAUUAUGAUCGCUAACACUGUUUAGAAUUAAAGCUGGCAUGUGCACUUGACUGAUAUUUACUUUAGGAACCUACUUAUACAUUAUAUUAAUUGUAUAUGGGCUAUAAAUAAUAGCCAAUGUUAAAAGUACUGAAGGAUACCUACUUUGUGUACCCCUCAAUACUUGGUAAAUUUGUAAAAUGAAUUGUAAAUAAUUUUUUUUUCUUUUUUGAAAACAACGCGAAACGUUAUAAUGUGUAAGAUAUGCAGAAAAAUUGAUGAAAAUCAGAAUUGUGAAGAAUUCAAUACGAUUGAUAAGAUGCUUAAAAUGAUGAAUUUAUAGGAAUGCAAAGGGACCAUGCAUGUCUAAAGCUGCUGACGUUGUUGCAUAUUUAAGAUCGCAUUGUUUACUGCCGAUUUUUAUUCCUGUAUUUUUCAAAGUGCUUUCACAUAAUUUUACAUUUAACUAUUGAUAAAAAAUUUUAUAUUUUCUGUGAUAAUUUAAAUAUUUUACGACAAAAAAAAAUCGAACUCAUUCCACUUCUCUUCUUUUAUUUUUCAAAAAAUAAAUUUUAAAAAUCAACUAAAACAUGAUACCUAUACCUUUGAGGAACUCAUUCAAGUUCUGAUAUUGCACUUACAGUUAUGCUUUAAUCAUACAUCAUAAUAGCAUUGUUGAAAAAAAAAAAAGAAUAAUGUAAUUAGAUAACGCUUCAAGCUAUAAAUGUGAUGUAAAUUCAGUCAAAAAAAAAAUUGUAGAAUAGAGAAAAAGAAAAUGAUGUGUAACGAACAGCAUUUAAUUCACAUUGGGAAAUUCUUUUUUAUGUUCAAUUUUUUUGUUUGACUGUACUUGUUUUUGUACCUAUCAUGGUUAUAAUCACAUAAUAGAUUUUUGUUCAGUGUUUCAGUAUUUCGUAAAUUUUGCCUUUUUUUUUCUUUGUUUAAAAACUUAAUCAUAAAUUCGUAAUUUAGGAGUUCAACUUACCAUGAAACUGUUGGUGUAUUUAUUUUUUCUUUGUUUGCCAUUGUACUUAUCAGGAUGUAAAAAUCACUUUAUUAAGUUUUAUAAAUAAAUUUUUUUAUUUUCAAACGUUUUCGUUUUCUAUGUACCUAUUCAACGUUAUUAAGCCUACUACAUACAUAUUUUCUAAGAAAUUAAAACUGGAGAUUAAAUAUAGGGAUUUAGCUCAUGUGAUAAUUUGUCUGUCAUAUAGUGAUACGAGACAUGUGUGUUUUAAACUAGAUACAAUAUCACAAGAUACAUAUUUUAAUGAAUGGCAUCCUGUCGUUUAAUAAGAAUAUUUACCAAAAUUAAUUUUAUAUUCGUUGAACUGAACUGUAAAGAUGUUUCACACAUGAUAGAUUUUUUUCCUAUUAAGUAAUUUGAGCCCGCGAAUGAAAACUGUUGCAUUUAAAUCGUUCUGAAUCCAAGUUCACAAUAUAAUGUUGAUCAAAGGAUUAUAAACGUCUGAAACCCCGUUUUUUGGUGAUUUUUUUUUGUUGUUGUUUCGACGAAGAAAAACUUCCAUCAUGAAAUUAACGAGUAAAUUUUGUAGUGUGCUUAUUUUUUUAAUGAUUAUCGAUUGGAGCAUUGAGGAUACUGAAAGGAAUGUUUUGGAGCAAAUACUAAACUAUCAUCCUUCUAAUAUAAAUGCUCUAGUUGCUCGAAAAGUAAAUGAACAGAAUAAUGAAACAGCCGAUGUUUAUGUGAAUUUGUUCGUAAGAAUGAUUGAAACCAUUGAUGAUAAAAAUGCGGAAAUUAAAAUGCAAGUAAGAUUACGCAUGUCAUGGGUCGAUUCAAGAUUAUCGUAUCAACAUUUAGAUGAAAUGAAGAGAGAACCCAUUGACAUGAUUAGACUAACAGAUACUAGUAAAGUGUGGAUACCCGACGUAUUUUUUUCGAAUGAAAAACAAUCCCACGAACACAACCUCAUCCAACCCAAUUCAUUUGUUCGAAUUUACCCCAAUGGAACUGUACUGUUUAGUAAAAGACUAUCUCUUACUCUAAGUUGUCCCUUGAAUUUCAAAAAGUACCCUCACGACGCACAAGUUUGCAUAAUUCGGAUAGCCGUUUAUCAAUCAACAAGAAAUUCGGUGAACUUACGAUGGAAACCAAAUGAUUCUGUUCAAAUAGUGAAAAAUAUUCACAUGAAGAACUUCGUCUUAGAACGGUUUCAAGCUACCGAGACAAUUUCUAAAUCAAACGGUGAUGAUUACAGCGUCGUACAGGUUGACUUCUUGUUUCAACGAAAUUUUUUCUGCUAUUUUAAAAAAUUCUAUGUACCAGUCGUUAUCACAGUUUUAAUAUCCUGGGUACCAUUAUGGUUAGAAAGAGUUCUCAUAUUGCGUAUUUAUGUUGCUAUGUCUACGGUGAUGUAUUUGGCAUGGUACUAUACCGUUCAAGAUCCCGAUUUAUCGAUUUCAUACAACACAGCGUUGCACACGUGGAAUGCAGCGAACUUUAUAUUUGUUAUUUUAGCGGCGUUGGAAUCUCUGAUGAUUGUAUUUAUGAUAAAAACUAAUAAAAAUGCUAUAAAAAGGAUACAUCCUGAUGAUAAUGAUGAAUUCAAAAUGAUACCAAAUGACCAAAAUAAGAGUAAGGUCUUGGAUAUAACGGAUGAGAAACUUAAUCUUGAUGCUGAAAUUAUGAAAAUCAAGACCAAUUUUAAAAUAUGUUUUAUAAACGUCCACAAGGAGGUGCAAAUUAUUGAUGCUGCGGCGAGACUAUUCUUCCCAUCAGCCUACACGCUAUUUCUGUUCUUCUAUUGGAUCACUUAUCAAUAUUAAUUAAAAUUCCAUAAGAUAAAGUUUGGGACAAAAAAUAUAAGGGUAUACUGGUCACCGAAGUUAAUGAUUUUUCUGCGAUAAAAGUGAAACGCCUGAGCGUCGAAUCGAAAUUCGAAUAUGCCCGUAUUGUUAAUAUUGUGAAGUCUAGUUUCACGAAGCUUAUUGGAACAAGGAUUUUGAAGCUUGGCCGCUUGGGCGUUUUAUAGCAACAUCAAGGAAGAAAAUGGGUGACCACUUGACUAGCUUAUUCGCCUGUUAUAAUGCCCUCAUGUAUGUACCUAGAUGCAGUUUUUCUGGGUUACCUACUCAGUUUUUGUAAUGUUUAUUGUUUAGUUUUUUACUUAGGUUACUUGUUUUUCAUAAAUAAAUUCAUGAUUGGUUCGUUCAA